CGCACGGUUUGCUGCGAACCAUCAAAGCAAAGUUGGAUUGUGCGCUUCCGAACUUUGUCUGAACCCAUCCACGCCCACACCUGCUUUGGAGCGGAUGGAUGCAGAUAAAUAGGCUGUCCUCUGCUCUGCGACAGGGUAGACAUCCUCCAUCCAUAAUCGCGCUCCGAGUUUUUCAAGCUUGUCCGAUCUAGCCAUGGGUAAAAGCAAAAGCAAAGGCAACAAGCUCACGGAUGGAGACAAUGAAGGCCACAAGUAUCUGACGGUGUACCGUCCAUACCCGAUGAACGCUGACAUGGACGUCGAGGCUGAUCGCAUGGCCUUUGCCUACUGGAUCGCGAGCUGCAUCGGUAGAGAGAACCUCCUCGCCUUCUUCCACAAGCCCAAGUCUCCGAGCAUGCUCAUCAUCGAAGUCAAUCGGGCUCUUAGGAAUUGCACAGAGAUCCUCGGCGAACAUCGCUGGUCCACGUUCCUCCGCAAUCCAUCGGACGUUGAGAAGACGAUGAGCUCCAAGGUGUUCUUUUGCACAUACUCGACUAGUUGGGGCGUCGAGAAGUAUGGCUGGAAGCGUAUUGAUCUGAUGGACGAGUGGUUCAUAUCGAAGGAGAGCAGUGUCAAGUGGCACCGCAUUAACAAUGUCAUCAAGUAUCCGUACCCGCCCACAGAAAGAUGCGAUCCCCCAAAGGAAGACCUGACAAGAGAAAAUCUCUGCCGCCCGCUUCCAUCCAAGCACCAUCCGCCACCGCCACCGACCCGCGCUCCUCCAGUUGGUUCUCCUGCGUGGCAAAAGGCAAGGGAAGCCGAGGCUCGUGCUCCGUCCAAUCGGGCAGGCACCCCACACGCCCAACAGCAAGAAUACCCGAUUAGUCCCCGGGACAACAAGACUCGUAACCUCGCAGGCUGGGCGCAAGAUAGGUCAUCUUCGUUCCAAGCGACCCUGCCUCCAGGGCUGGUUUCGCCCCCGAGCGCGAUCACGACGCCGGCGUCCAGAUGGAGCAUGGGCCCACCAGGGCUCGUGCGCAGUGUGGGCAGGGCGUCGUCCGGGUCGAGCGAGAGCGAGAGCGGCAAAUCUUCCCCACACACGCCCCAGGACGACGUGCCUAACGAAACGAGGAGC